UCUGUUGCUCUACGCACAAGUUCGCGCGGGAAACUCCUGGUGAACCACCGCGAGAAACCAACAGUUGGCGUCUUAACCUGUGCUGUAGUCUAAUCAUUUAUUCUCAUUUUGGAUGACAUUUACUUUAAUUAAGAGGUAACAGAAUGUCGAGCCCUAUGAGACCGCCUGCAACGCCUAUGGUUGUAGAUGAAGAACAAGUGCCAAGUAAUGAGACUCAAAGAGUGCAGCCGAGGACUCCGUCAUCGAUUGCUUCACAGAGUACUACUCCCAGGAAGACACCCAGCAAGCAAGCCUCACAAAGAGCUGCAGGGAAUUCCAUUGUAUCUACUCCUCAACGACGCCAUGGAAGUCAACGUGCUGCUCAAGAAACCAUCGCAGCUUCUUCAGAGGGUCCAGGAUCGAUCCCCGCCAGUUCCCCCAAUCGAAUUUUGCAGACAAGUCCUAUGGCUGGGAUGAGUGAUGUUGAGUUGUCUUCACCACUCAAUUAUGGUACGCCAAGUUCAUUGGGAUCGAUCAGGACUCCAAGAAGUGGAAUUCGGGGGACUCCAGUCAGGCAGAGAGCUGACAUCAGAACAGAUAAGAGAAUUCGACAAGUCAAUGUCGCUGAACCAAUUCCCGAGGAAGUUAAUGGAGCGAAAACUUCCGAGAGCGAGUCUGCAGGUCCCCAGCUUGUGAUCUGGGGAACCAAUGUGGUGGUCAAUCGAUGUAAGCAACAGUUCAAGCAUUUUGUUCAACGGUUUAUUGAUCCCGAUCCCGAAAAUGAUGAAUUGACCGAUGAUUUGAACAGAAGUGAGCCUCUGUAUCUCCAAAAACUUCAAGAAAUCCAUACACUCGAGGAGCCCUACCUCAAUAUCAAUUGCGCUCAUCUAGAGAGCUUUGAUGAACAAUUUUACCAGCAACUCAUCUGCUAUCCUCAGGAAGUUAUUCCCACAAUGGAUAUGGCAGUGAAUGAAAUGUUUUUUGAAAAAUUUCCUGCCGCAGUGCUGGAGCAUCAGAUACAAGUAAGACCCUUCAACGUAGCAAAAACAAAAAAUAUGAGGAUGCUAAAUCCAGAGGAUAUUGAUCAACUGAUAACCAUCAGUGGAAUGGUCAUAAGAACAUCGAAUGUAAUACCAGAAAUGAGGGAGGCCUUCUUUAGAUGCAUUGUCUGCUCGUUUUCGACAAUGGUAGAGGUGGAUCGAGGUAGAAUAGCUGAGCCAACUGUCUGCACACAUUGCAAUAAUAAUUAUUGCUUUAGUCUCGUUCACAAUCGCAGUCAUUUUUCGGAUAAACAAAUGAUCAAGCUCCAGGAAUCUCCGGAUGAUAUGGCUGCUGGACAGACCCCCCAUACUGUAGUUUGUUUUGCGCACAAUGAUCUAGUUGAUGCUGUAUCACCUGGUGAUCGCGUUGCUGUCACUGGAAUUUAUCGAGCCAUACCCAUUCAACUUAAUCCCAGAAUGUCCAAUGUUCGCGCUGUUUAUAAGACACAUAUUGAUGUCGUUCACUUCAGGAAACAAGAUGCACAUAGACUGUACGAGCAGGAAGAAGGUAAAGAUCACAUCUUUCCGGAGGAGAGGUUGAAACUUUUAAAAGAACUAUCAAUGAAAGAAGAUGUAUAUGAGCGCCUUGCUCGUUGCAUUGCACCAAGUAUCUACGAAAAUCAGGAUAUAAAAAAAGGAAUAUUGCUUCAGUUGCUUGGUGGCACGAAGAAAACACAUGUGACAUCAGGAAGAGCUAAUUUCCGUGCUGAGUUGAAUAUUUUACUCUGUGGAGAUCCUGGUACCAGUAAAUCGCAGUUGCUGCAGUUUGUUUUCAAUUUAGUUCCACGAUCUCAGUACAGCAGUGGGAAAGGAUCCAGUGCUGUCGGUUUAACUGCUUAUGUUACAAAAGAUCCGGAAACGCGUCAGCUUGUACUGCAAACGGGAGCCUUAGUCCUUGCUGAUAAUGGUAUUUGCUGCAUUGAUGAAUUUGAUAAGAUGAAUGACAGCACUCGCUCUGUGCUACACGAAGUCAUGGAACAACAGACGCUUAGUAUUGCCAAAGCCGGUAUCAUCUGUCAAUUGAAUGCUCGUACGAGUAUUUUGGCUGCUGCCAAUCCUGACGAGUCCCAGUGGAAUAAAAAUAAAACUGUGGUUGAGAAUGUAAAGCUGCCGCAUACGUUGAUGUCUCGUUUCGAUUUAAUAUUCUUGAUGUUGGAUCCUCAAAGUGAGCAGUUUGAUAGAAAAUUAGCGAGACACUUGGUGUCUCUGUACCUCACCGAUGAAGAAGAGCCGGAGGAUGAUAUUUUUGAUUUGGGAAUUCUGCGAGAUUAUAUCGCAUAUGCCAAGGAACAUAUUCAUCCUACUUUGAGUGAAGAAGCUCAGCAGCGUUUGGUGCAGGCAUAUGUAGACAUGAGAAGAGUUGGAAGUGGUAGAGGUCAAAUCACGGCUUAUCCAAGACAAUUGGAAUCGCUUAUUCGUUUAUCAGAGGCUCAUGCUAAAGUCCGCUUCAGCCAGGUUGUGGAAAUUACGGAUGUGGAAGAAGCGUGGAGGCUGCAUCGUGAGGCACUGAAACAAUCAGCCGUUGAUCCAUUAAGUGGAAAAAUCGAUGUCAGUAUUCUGACAACGGGUAUUUCAGCAGCUGCGAGAAAACGACGCAACGAAGUGACAGAAGCACUCAGGAAAUUAAUCGAAUCUAAGGGGAAAGUUGCUUCGCUCAAUUAUCAAAAGGUUUUGAGCGAAUUGAAGGAAAACAUGGAAAUACUGGUGACGCGAGAUAUGUUUGAGGAUUCCCUGAAAGAACUUCAGGAUAGCGGCCUUGUUAUGGUUGUUGGAAGGAACACUAUUCGCAUCUGCUAAUUACAUUGCCAGUUAGUUCGAUUGGGGAACUUGACUGCAGAAUAUUUUAUAACAUUUCAUUUUAUUGUCUCAUCUGAAAAGUUGUUGAACUGCAUCCGAUGGAUGCUUCAUUUUUAGCCUUAGUGUUAUAUUCUUCUACAUUUGUACUGAAUAAUUGUCGUCUUAUUCGCCAAUAAACAUUUUUUUGAUUCUUUUA